CUGAUGGUGAAAGACGACGGGCGGUCUGUCCAUUAUACAACAAAAACUAAGUAGUUUUAACAAAAAAUUACAAUUAUUAUGAGUGCCUCAUCUUUACGCCUGCUUAGUAAAACCAAACAAAAUGCUCGCAUUGUGAUAAUUGGAGCAGGAUCCGCUGGCAUUGCAGCUGGCACACGACUCUUGGAACAGGGUUUCAAGAAUGUCCUGCUGCUGGAGGCUGAGGAUCGCAUUGGUGGCCGUAUUCACACCAUACCCUUUGCGGAUAAUGUCGUCGAUCUGGGCGGUCAGUGGUGUCACGGCGAGAAGGAUAACAUAGUCUACGAGACUGUCAAGAAUUUGGAUCUCCUCGAGGCCACGGAAGAUCACUACGAGACCUUUAAGUGCGUGCGAUCCAACAAGGAUGUGCUACCCGACGAAAUAGCGGAUCAGCUGAAAACUAUAGCCUUUAAGUCCAUACCGGACAGGCAAACGGAGCUGUUGGACUUCAACGGCACCCUAGGUGAUUAUUGUAACCAGAAAUUCUGGAAGGAAUUGGCCAAGCUUCCGCCCAUCGAUCUCACCAUUGCCAAGGAGUUUCUGGAGAUAUUUCACAAAUUCGAGGCCUCCGUGGAGGCGGCAGAUCACCUGUACGAGGUGUCCGCGAAAGGUCACCUGGAUUAUUGGCUGUGCGAGGGAGAACUGCUGCUCAACUGGCGGGAUAAAGGCUACAAGAGCUUCCUGCGACUGCUCAUGAAGGCUCGACAGGAUCAGCAGAGGGAUCAACCCGAGGAUCUGGGAGUCCUCAAUGGGCGCGUGAUGCUCAAUAGAAGAGUUUCCCAAAUGAAUUGGUCAGGGGAAGAUGAGGUAAUCAUAAGCUGCUGCAAUGGGGAGAUCAUCACGGCAGAUCAUGUGAUUUGCACUGUCUCCCUGGGAGUUCUCAAAGCGGAGCAUAAGGAGCUCUUUGUGCCAGGACUUCCCUUGGCCAAAGUUCGAGCCAUAGAAGGACUCAAACUCGGCACCGUGGACAAGUUCUUCCUGGAGUUUGAGCAUCCACCCCUGCCUAGUGACUGGCCUGCGUUCAACUGCCUCUGGCUGAAGGAGGAUUUGGCUGAACUGCGCGCCUCCGAACUCUUUUGGCUGGAGAGUGUCUUUGGCUUCUAUCCCGUAUCCAAGCAGCCAAGGAUUCUGCAGGGUUGGAUAAUCGGUCCACAUGCCAGGCACAUGGAGACGCUUACGGAGGAGAAGGUGCUGGAGGGUUUGCUCUGGCUCUUCCGCAAGUUCUUGCCCUUCGAGAUGCCGCAUCCCAAGCGGAUGUUGCGGACUCAAUGGAACGCGAAUCAAAGCUUCCGGGGCAGCUACACCUUCCGUUCCACGUACACGGAUGAACUGCACACGGGAGCCUGGGACCUGGAGGCCCCACUGCAGGAUGUGGGCGGCAGGCCGAGACUCCAGUUCGCCGGAGAGUCCUCUCACAAGCACUAUUAUUCCACAGUUCACGGUGCCGUUGAGACGGGUUUCCGUGAGGCGGAUCGACUGAACACCUACUAUAGGUCACGGACAGCUCAACUUUGAGCAUAGGAGCCUUGGUUGGUCAUCCUAAGGAAGAGUUAUCCUAGAGAGAAGCUUUAUAACUGAGCAAAACGAAGCAUUAAAAUCUUGAGAAAGAAAAGAUUAGCUU